CACCAUGGGAUGCCCCCCACCUGCUGCAGUCUGGACCUGGACUUUCCUCCUUUUGCUGUUGGAAGCCUGGGCAGGACGCUUGAGGGCGCAGGAGUCCAAGGUGCUGGACGGCCACGAGUGCCAGGCCCAUUCGCAGCCUUGGCAGGCGGGCUUGUUCCAGGGUGUUCGGCUGCAAUGUGGGGCUGUCCUCAUAAGUGACAAGUGGGUCCUCACAGCCGCCCACUGUAAAAAAAAGAAGUACACAGUGCGCCUGGGAGAGCACAGCCUGCAGGAAAAGGAGGGGACAGAGCAAAGAAUGGCUGUGGCUCAGUCCCUCCCACACCCCUGUUACAACAGCAGCAGCGAGGACCACAAGCAUGACCUCAUGCUCAUUCGACUACGUGGGCGAGUAUCCCUGGGGCCCAAAGUGAAGCCCAUCAACCUGGCGGAUCGCUGCCCUGAAGUUGGCCAGAAGUGCACCAUCUCUGGCUGGGGCACUGUCACCAGCCCGCGAGAGGAUUUUCCUGACACCCUCACCUGUGCAGAAGUAGAAAUCUUUCCCCAGAAGCAGUGUGAGGACGUCUACCCCGGGCAAGUCACAGAUGGUAUGAUCUGUGCAGGGAGCAGCAGUGGGGCUGACACAUGCCAGGGUGAUUCCGGGGGCCCCCUGGUGUGUGGUGGCGUUCUUCAGGGCAUCACAUCCUGGGGCUCGGACCCCUGUGGGCAGCCCGAGAGACCUGGCGUGUACACCAACCUCUGCCGCUACCUGGACUGGAUCAAGAAGACCAUGGGCAACAGUGGCUGAUCCUAGGGAGAGCUCUGGAGCCCCCUCAAUAAACUCACAACCUCG